UUGUUACAGGUCGGUCAGCAGAUAGCCUCACUUAAACCGGAAAUAAUAUUCGAAGUCACUUCACAUGGCGUUUCGGAUUUGCGUCGUUUUCUGUUUUAUUUGAAUUCAUUUGCCAAUGGCUCAGCAGAAACGGAUUACUGUAGUUGCACUCCAUGCUGCUACGACAUUUCCAUGCCGAUGGAUGCACAGCUGUCUCAUCGUCUGUCGCAAGAGCUGAUCAUGGAUGGCCUCAACGUGUCGGCUGUGAUGUUUUUCCCUGGAAGCCACGGGACAGACGGAAAUGCUGUCCUAAAAUCAGCCGAAGUAAUACCACUGUUGUUCAUAAAGGAAAUCUAUCAGCAAAAAAAACUGGUUAUCUUCUCGCAGCCAUCCAGAUGCUGUGACGAGGCUCCAAGCAUGGCGCAGGAACUUCUGACGCUAGGGCACGUUCUUUACCAAAAGCUGGAUGCCUUGCAGGAGAAAGUUGUUUUUGUUUUAAGUGGUGAAUUGGCAGCGAAACAUACGAGCUUCGGACCGAAUAGUGCAGCAGCAGAAGAUUUUGAUAAUCACUGUGGCCACUGGGCAUCCACCCUUCAUCCAAAAUAUCUCUUAGAUUAUGCGGCGAAGAACGCAGCAGAAGUAUAA